CUUUUCCGCAUCCGGUCCUGUGCUCAACUCCGGAUGGCAUCUGCCGUCGCCGUCGCCGUCCCGGCCUUAGGCAGCUCCACCGCUCCGAUCCUUGGACACCACCAAAAUCAAAAGUGGUCGUGCGGCCUUGUGCCUGGACGGUCGUCGUCUGCCAGAGACAGAGACAGAGUCGGUGGAGUCCGCCAGCGCAAGAUCCUUGCUCUGGUGGUGCCGCCGCCCCUCGUUUCGGCGUCUGACCACUGGGGCAACUGGACCUUCCUCCUAAGCACCGCCGCGCUGGGCAUCUGGUCGGAGAAGCGGACCCCCGUGGGCAAGGCGCUGAGCGGGGCGCUGGUGAGCGUCCUGCUGGGGCUGGCGGCCAGCAGCGCCGGCGUGGUGGCGGCGGACACCCCGGCCUACCGCGUGGUGCUGGAGUACCUGCUGCCGCUGGCCAUCCCGCUGCUGCUGUUCCGCGCGGAUCUGCGCCGCGUGCUCCGCUCAACGGGGGCCCUGCUGCUGGCCUUCCUGCUCGGAUCUCUGGCAACAACGAUUGGCACUGUGGUGGCGUUCCUGCUCGUCCCCAUGCGCUCGCUAGGGCCGGAUAACUGGAAGAUCGCGGCGGCGCUGAUGAGCCGCCACAUCGGGGGAGCUGUCAACUACGUUGCUGUUUCUGAAGCUCUCGAGGUUUCUCCGUCAGUGCUGGCAGCCGGGCUGGCCGCCGACAACAUCAUCUGCGCACUCUACUUCACAAGCAUCUUUGCAAUAGCUGCGAGGAUCCCCGCGGAAGACCAUUCGGUUGGUGGUGACAGUGACCACCACCAGCAACCCGUUGUGCUUGCCCACAGCGCCGUGGCCAUGGCUGCGGCAUUCGCCAUAUGCAAGGCAGGCAAGCUGGCGACGACCGUGCUGGGCGUUCCGGGGGGAAGCCUUCCGUGCAUAACAGCAAUCGUGGUGGCUUUGGCAACACUGUUCCCUUGCCACCUCGGCGUCCUGGCGCCGUCGGCCGAGCCCGUGGCCGUCAUUCUGAUGCAGGUCUUCUUCGCUGUUGUGGGAGCCAAUGGAAGCAUCGGCAAUGUCAUCAGCACCAGCCCUAGCAUCUUUGCCUUCGCUUCCGUGCAGAUCGCGGUGCACCUCCUGGUGACCCUUGGCGUCGGGAACCUGCUCGGCCUCCACACCAAGCUGCUGCUCAUAGCGUCCAAUGCCAACGUGGGCGGCCCCACCACGGCCUGCGGCAUGGCCACCGCCAAGGGAUGGACCUCACUGGUGGUUCCAGGAAUCCUUGCGGGCAUCUUUGGGAUCGCCAUCGCCACCUUCAUGGGGAUCGCUUUCGGUCUGCUUCUACUCAAACACAUGGCAUGACAAUAUGUAGCAGAGACCCGCAGAUUGUGCUCUGCAUUAUAUUCUUUUAUUUGCAUGAACAUGAUCCAUCCACAUAAUAAGUA